CGUGGUGGCGGGCUUGGCACACGUGGUUCUUGUCUUGGCGGUGGUCAUGGUAGGUUUGGCGGUGGUCAUGGUAGGUGUGGCCGCGGCAUAGUUCGUUGUGGCCUUGGCGGUGGUGGUAGGUGUAGCGUGGUUGUGACUUUCGCCCUAUCCAGGCUGUAUAUAAUUAUUUAUCUAAUCCCAUAUAUAUUAGCUUGGCGUAUUUGUGGUCGAGGCUCGCGGCGGCACACGCGCCCGUGGAUAUAAUCAAAGCAGCAAUGUUGGACGUGAUUGUAAGUCGCUAGUGGCAGGCGAAGACUCCAUUCCGUUUCAUGGUAUCAAAAUAUCUAUAUAAAUAUGUAUUAUCAAAUCCCAUAUCUAUAUUUAUAUAUUCGUCCAUACCUAUGCUAGUCAACACCAUUGAUCCAGCAGGAACAAGACCAAGCUGCCAAGUCGACUACCGUCCAAGCCCUGAGCGGGUCCAUUGGCAACCAAGUGUCGUUGAAACAAGACGCACAAGUGAAAGAUUCCCAUCAAGUGCUGAACGAUCUAGAACCAGCGGCGGCCGUGAUCCUUCCCAACGUACUCCCUUCAUGAUUUCUGGUACCAAAUACGUUAUCUUGAUUUUGGUUAGCUCUGCUUCACUCAACUCAAAAUCAAGAUAAUGCAGUCAAUGUAUUUGGCACCAGAAAGGGGCUACCUUGGGAAGACCCCAUCAACCUCUCUGGCAUCGUCUGGGCCGUCAUGGUCAAAGGCUUCGUGCUACGUCUUGCAAGCCUGAGCAUCGAGGCCAUUGUUGUUGUGCUGGUCAAAGUUUGACUUUAACUACUGUACAAGUAAUACUAUAAGUAUGUUACAACCUUCGC